ACGGGCUCGGCGGUAAAGAAUCUCAUGCUCAAGCAGCGCAUCGAUAUUAUGUGCGGUUUCGAGCUGUUGUGUGUUUGAAGGGUUCAGAACAGCUGACCCAUCGCAGGGCUCACAUGUGGGCAGCUCUAAGCCAUGGGAUGUUCCCAGUGACCAGCCAGAACCCUCCAGAGUAAGGACAGGAGUCCCUGCAAGGACGCACACCCUAUAGCAGCCAUGGACUCAAACAAACAAGAAGGAGAGACUGAAAGUGUGCCUGUGAGUACCCCUGCAACACAGAUUUCCCAGUUGCAGGCUUUAGCCUCUGAGUUGAAGGCGGGUUUCACAGAAGCAAUGCAGGAGCUGUCACGGAUCCAGCAUGGCGAGUACGCCCUGGAGGAGAAGGUCAAGAGCUGCCGCUGUGCCAUGGAAGAGAAAGUGGCUGAGAUGAAGAAUUCCCUCAACACGUUCAAGGAGGAGCUCAGCGAUGCAAAAUCAAUGAUUGAAGAAAUCAGUGCCAAGCAGGAGGAAAUGCAACAGAAAAUUGAGCAGCUGCAGCAAGAGAAGCGGCGGGAAUCACGGAAAAUGAAAGCUAAAAGAGCACAGAAGGAUGAUCACGGGUCACAGACAGUGCCUACACCUCUCCAGGGCAGCCCAUUUCGAUCCAUUAACCUCCCAGAACCUGUGCUGAUCAAUGAAGAUUUUACAAGUCUUUUACACAACGUGACUUAUGAAAAAGUGUCUGACACCAGGAUCAUGCCAAUGGGAGAAGGAAGUGUGAAAGUCGUAGGAGGUCCAGGAGCAACCAUAGAGACAGACGACAGCCUGAAGCCAUCCUUGACAACAGAGGCGCAGUCAAAAGUGCAUCUGCCAUCAACAGUGUGGAAGCAGCCCAAGGACACCAAGGACUGGGGAGAUGAAUACAUUUCAAAAGAGCAACCAGAGAGAGGGAAAGACAUGGGCCAGAGCAGAUACAGCUCAGCUGACAUUAUAUGUGAACCCUCUUUGGCUGCCAAAAGGCAGAACAUCGCUUUGGAGCUGCUGGAGUCAGAAAGGAAGUAUGUCAUCAACCUUUCCCUAAUCCUGAAGAUCAAGGCCACGUUGCAAGGGCCAGAUGUGAAAAGGAGCACCAAAGAGAGAAGUUUCUUCCCCAACUCUUUGCGGUACCUGGUCCAGCAGCAUGUCGACUUACUUCACGCUCUGCAGGAGCGAGUCCUGAGCUGGCCACGACAAGGAAUUCUAGGAGACAUCUUCCUGAAAUUAACAAAUGAUGAGAAUAAUUUUCUGGACUACUAUGUUGCUUACCUGAGGGACCUGCCAGAAUGCAUCUCUCUGAUCCAUGUGGUGAUCCUGAAGGAGGUAGAAGAAGAAAUCAAGUCUGAUCUCUACAUUCUGUUCUUCCAUAUAGUCCAGCGAAUCCCUGAAUACCUUAUUCAUCUACAGAAUGUCCUGAAGUUCACGGAUCAAGAGCAUCCUGACUAUUACCUGCUGCUGGUGUGUGUGCAGCGCCUCCGGGUUUUCAUCUCACACUAUAGCCUCCUCUUCCAAUGCAAUGAAGACCUGCUUAUACAGAAGAGGAAAAAGCUGAAGAACACGACGAUGGAUUUCUCCUCCCUCAGGUCAUCCCUGGUGAAGCUGUACAAAGGUCUCACCUCCCAGUGUACGAGCCAAGAGGUUUCUCCAACACCCAGUGCGACAUCUAUCCGGGACAGCGGGAUCCACUCGGAAGAGACAAUACAGUCAUUCCCACCAGCACCUUCCUCUGGCACCACAACCCCGCAUUUGAUGCCCCAGAUGAAGAAACCCCAGCCAACCGUGAUGGAGAACAUCCAGGCUGUAAAGCCCCCCGACUGGGAAAUGGAAAGUAGAAAACAUGAGAGGCCAGAGAACAUCCUUGCAUCCUCUCAGCUCACAGAGCAGGAACUCAAGGCUUUGACAGCCCCUUUACAAUCCAUCCCUGAAAUGGAGUAUGAAGCACCACCAGCUGAUGCGGUGGGAAACGCCGACAGAGCCAUCAGGACCUCUGUGGAGCUGCUGCAGGAUGCAAGAAACUUUGCACCAAGCUAUGAAGAGUUUGACUACCCCGGGGAGGUUUUCACCCUGCCAGGCCCCUAUGAAGACGAUGCCUUCCAAAACAUCGCUCUCUUUGAGAAUUGCUCCCCGGCCUCUUCUGAGUCCAGCUUAGACAUUUGCUUCCUUAGGCCUGUUAACUUCACAUCAGAACCAGAGAGGACAGAUCAUGCCUUACAGCCAUUGCCUAAGAGCUGCACUCCUGUAAGCAGCAGUACUUACAAGCGUGAGAUGUUCCACAGCAAAGGCAAGCAGCUGAGCAGGUCCCUGAAGGAGCUGCCGAGGAGCGCUGAGGGUGUGAGCACCAGACUCUACAGCACACGGAGCAGCAGCGGGAGCCGGCUGCAGCAGAAGCAGGAGAGGAAUGUCCAGCCUCAUAUGAUCUCAGCCUCAUCUCGAAGCUCCCAAAGGAGCUACUUCCCCCCACAGAGAGGAGCGGGUGAAAAACAGAGCUUUUUGGAAGAGCUCCAUGCAGAAGACAACACCAGGUUCUGCCAGAAGGAUGACAAUGAGCAAACAUCCUUCAGCGACCACAACCCGCGGCACGAGCCCAAGGGGGGUUUCCGGAGCUCCUUCCGCAAGCUCUUCAAAAAGAAAUAAGCAGCCCCAGGAAAGGCAGGCCACAGCCUAAGAGCAACAGUGCUUCCCCAGGUCCCCGAGGGUGGAGAGAGACAGCAAGGCCCCAAGUACCCCUUUGCUAACAGUAGGUGGAGGGGUGGGGGAGAGGAGACUGUCACAAUUGCCUUACAACGCAUCCUGCUCUUCCUAGCACAGGGCAGAGCCAGGCUACGGGUUGAAGUGUAGCUCAGCCAGCAGGUCCAAUAAGCACAGGAACUUGCUAGCUUUCACCCCUGCCUGACUUAACUUUCUUCAGAAAGUUUUGGAAAGCUUUGGCCAAAUCCCACUAUCUUCUCCUCCCCCUCAUCCCCCAAUGCUGCUUGAUUUGGCAUACAUCUUUGCUCUUCCAAGUUCAAGCCAGGUCUAAACUGGGCUCACCCCACAAUGGAGGGGUUACCUCUGCAGCUUUGGAAUCCUGGCCAGAAGUCUGAAAUUCCCCUCUUUCCUGCACUUUCAAAAGAAACCCCACAAAAACCCAAACAAAAACCCCAAACCAAACAAAAAACCCCAACCCACCACUAAAGAUGUCUUCCAGGACACCAGCUCACAUUACCCUGCUGCUUGAGAAGGUCUAAGCGGAAGCACCUUGGCUUUGUACUGUUUCAUCAGCAGCAUCCUUUCUUUUGGACUUCCAUUACUUUCCAAAAUUCUCCUUCAUCUUCUAUGCGGCGUGCUGUUUGUUUAAUUGCCUCCUGCUGCAUGAACCUCUGCUCCUGCUGUUGGAACCACCUCUGUCUCCAGGCAGGUGAUGCAGGCUAAGCCCAGGGCCUGCCACAAGAGAUGAAGAUUCUUCUCCACCCUAUCCCCACUGAGGAUUGAUGCAGAUACUGACACAGCCAACCUGUAAUACACCUGAAAUACUCUUUGCUAACUCUCUUUGGCCUGAUACCACCUUAUAAGCCCCAUCAUGUGCAGCACCCUGCUUUGGAGCAGUUCUUCUAGCUAAAAUUGAGGCACCAGGGCAGGACAAUCAAUGGUGCCCCAAAGUCACAAGCUCUUCUUCCUGUGCAAGGAUCAUCUUCCCACAACAAGGCCACAUACACGCCACCCUCAUCGCAUCUUGAUAUGACAAACCCUCAUCAACGCUGUCUCUGCAGAAGACUAUAGCUUUUGUUAAAAAGAAAGUAUGAAGAGAAACAGCCCUCUGGUACGAUAUCCAUGUCACACCUCAGCAGCAAGGCACUGUUGGCACAGGGCUGUGGUGUUAGCUGAAGUUGGGGGAUGCUGAGGGCAGUUUCAAGAGGAAAUGUGGUUUUAUCAUCUUAUUUUGGCACUCAUCAUAAAGAAC